AUGAGCAAAGCCCAGUACACCAAGACCCUCUGGCAAAAGGAGAUGGAGGGUCAGAUCCUAUCUCACGCACGCGCCGUACAUGCCGCUCAAAUCCGGCCCACCUCUACACUCGACGUCGUAACAAGCACUUGCGAUGUCAGGGAGGGCAACACCAUUCACCCGGGAUACAUGGCACAUGUCAUUAUGUACAAAGGACCACACAAAAAGGAAUGGAAGAUACUUACGUCCGGAGAACCGAAAACUAUUGGCGGAGAAGCCUUGGAGCAGCUUCUGCAUGAGCUGCAAGUUCAAUUGGGGGAUUCAAUAGGUGAGUUUAGAGAAUGA